AUGGAUCGCCUGAAGGCGAAGCGAAGUGCGCGGCGAGCUCAGACAACAAGGAUCGUCACCGAAGCUACAGCAGCCCUCGCCGACCCGAAUAGCACAGCGGAAGCCUGCAGCGCUCUCUUGGAACGCCUUGAGUCAUGCAGUAAGGAUCUCGGCAUUCUCGACAAGGAAAUCGAGUCCCAUGUUACGGACGAGCACAUGGAACAAGAGUACGCAGCAGUCUUGGAUUAUGAGGAUCGUGUGGUCCAAGCGACGGCGCUGCUCAAGGCCAAGAUCAGAGGCCUGAUGGGGGCUGGACAGGUCACACAGCCGACUACGCCAUCGACUGGAACGAACGGUGGGAGAUCAAGCAGAAUAAGGUUGCCCAAGCUACAGCUGCAGACAUUCCGUGGAGAGCUGUCACAGUGGCUACCAUUCUGGGAGCAAUUCAGAGCAGCUAUCCACGAAAACGACGACCUUCCGCGAAGUGAGAAGUUUCACUAUUUACGGACGCUGCUGUCUGGUCCGCCGGCAGCUGCGAUUGCCGGACUGCAAGCCACAGAAGCAUGCUACCAAGACGCAAUCAAAAUACUGGAAAGUCGGUUCGGAGACCAUCGAAGGAUUGAGCAGGAUCAUCUUGUAAAUUUACGAAAUCCGCCUGUAGUGACGGCAGUAGACGACGUACGGGGACUAAGGAAGCUGUAUGACCACAUGCAAAGCCACAUUCGAGGUCUACAAGCACUGGGGGUUUCCACGGGCACGUAUGCAACGCUACUAGUGGACAUUCUGCUGAAGGCACUUCCCAGCGAGAUGGCCGUAGAGUAUCAUCGUCAGCUGGCGCACGACGGAAGGGCCGGCCAGCGGCAGGCCGCGGGGUCACAGCAUGACGCGGGUGAACAACGGCCCGACGCCUCCGCAACGACAGUGUCAGAGCUAGACAGGAUGUUGAACUUCCUUCGAGUAGAAGUCGAGAGCAGGAAAGAACUGGAAGCAACAGCGCGAAGAAAGAGGACGCUAGUCGAAAGUCUAUAA